GCCGCCGUUGUUGCCGCCGCCGCCGCGGGAGCCCGGGAGGGGAGCGGUUCUGCCGGCCUCGCCGCCCGCUCUCCCGGCGCUGGAGAAGGCGCCCUCGCCAUGGCCACCAGCACCACCGGCUCCACGCUGCUGCAGCCCCUCAGCAACGCCGUGCGGCUGCCCGUCGACCAGGUCAACUUCGUAGUGUGCCAACUGUUUGCCUUGCUUGCAGCUAUUUGGUUUCGAACAUACCUGCAUUCAAGCAAAACUAGCCCAUUUAUAAGACAUGUUGUUGCAACCUUCUUGGGCCUUUAUCUUGCACUUUUUUGUUUUGGAUGGUAUGCCUUACAUUUUGUUAUACAAAGUGGAAUUUCCUACUAUAUCAUGAUCAUAAUAGGAGUGGAAAAUAUGCACAAGUAUUGCUUUGUUUUUGCUUUGGGAUACCUCACUGUGUGCCAAAUUACUAGAGUCUAUAUCUUUGAUUAUGGACAGUAUUCUGCUGAUUUUUCUGGUCCAAUGAUGAUAAUUACCCAGAAGAUCACUAGUUUGGCGUUUGAGAUUCAUGAUGGAAUGUUUCGGAAAAAUGAAGAUUUGACUCCAUCACAGAGGUGCUUGGCUGUAAGACGCAUGCCAAGUCUACUGGAGUAUUUAAGUUACAACUGUAAUUUCAUGGGUAUCCUGGCAGGCCCGUUAUGCUCUUACAAAGACUAUAUUACUUUCAUUGAAGGCAGAUCAUACCAACUGCAACAGUCUGAAGCAAAUGGGAAGGAAGAUACAAAGUAUGAGCAAAUGGAUCCUUCUCCAAAUAUAGCUGUGGCACAGAAACUUUUAAUCUGUGGACUGUCCUUACUCUUCCACAUGACUAUUACAAAAACUUUGCCUGUGGAAUACAACAUUGAUGAUAACUUCAGAGCUACAGCAUCAUGGCCUGUAAGGUUUUUCUACCUGUAUGUGUCUCUUAUGGCUGCCAGACCCAAGUAUUAUUUUGCAUGGACUUUAGCAGAUGCAAUUAAUAAUGCAGCAGGGUUUGGUUUUAGAGGCUAUGAUAAAAAUGGAGUUACACAUUGGGAUCUAAUAUCAAAUCUGAGGAUCCAGCAAAUAGAGUUUUCUACAAGUUUCAAGAUGUUUCUUGAUAACUGGAAUAUCCAAACAGCGCUUUGGCUUAAAAGAGUGUGCUAUGAGCGAGCCACCUUCAGCCCAACGAUCCAAACCUUCAUCCUCUCUGCCAUUUGGCAUGGGGUUUACCCAGGAUAUUAUUUAACAUUUUUAACAGGAGUACUAAUGACACUAGCAGCACGAGCUAUAAGAAACAAUAUCAGACACUAUUUUGUUGAAUCUCCUGCUGUUAAACUGUGUUACGAUAUUAUAACAUGGAUGGCAACUCAAGUAGCAAUAAGUUACACAGUCGUGCCAUUUGUACUGCUCUCUGUAAAACCCUCUUUCACCUUUUACAGCUCCUGCUAUUUCUGUCUUCAUAUUGCCGGCAUCCUGGUCUUGUUGGUAUUUCCACUGAAAAGAACUGAAAAAGGAAGUAAAAAGCGUGAAAGCAUCCAGCCUGUGUGGUCCAAAAAACUAGAAGAAGAAAAUAUUUUGCAAAAGAACAGUUAUUCCACAACAAAUAAUAGUUUCAGUCAGAAACAAGAAAUAACCUGCAGAUAUCAAGUGUUAAAACAGUGAUUGAGGAAAUACUAUGAUGAUUCUAUUUUGUAUGUUUUCAGAAACCCAUUUUUAGCACCUUUUCAAGGGGUUUGUAUUUGUUUGCAAAGAUGUUUAGUAAGAAAGAAUGCAUUACCUAGGAAAACUACAUACAAUAGCAAGACUGGAAACAAAACAAAUUAACCCCUCCCAUGCCAUGUCCCUGUGGGUCACGCCUUAUAUGAAGAAAUUACCAUUAUUUCAAUGGGCACUCAGGACUUGCAACGUAUGUCCACAGGGUCCUAUGUGUGCCCUUUGCUGAAUGUACGUUGUGUAUCCCAAGGCACUGAUGGGGUGGAAUGAAAUUGUGUCAAUCUAGAAUUAACAAAUGGAAAAGAAUUUUUCCAAACUAAUGACUUGCCUUAAACCCUCUAUUUACUGAAAUACUGUUUCUAAGUGGGAAUUUUCAAGUUUGAUUUUAUGUGAAAAGUGUAUUUCAAAUAUAUAAUACCAUAUGCUAUAAAGAAGUUCAACGUAGGAAAUGGAAAGUCACUAGAAGGCUUUUGAAUUUUUAAAAGGGCAUUGCAAUAAGCCUCUCAGUAUUUGGAGGGUUUUCUUGAAGUAUCUCAAACUACUACAGUACGUUAUGGAACUGUAAGCAUUAAAGAUGCCAAACUAUAGUUUCUUUGAUAAAGAGUAUAACUACACAUAGCCCUUCUGAAUGGAUUAAAUAAAUAAAUAAACACAAAAAAACCCACACAACACCAGAAGGUUCACCUUUUCUGGGGCUUGGUAGCUAAUCUAGGUUUCUUUUUUCUUUGAAGUACCUAAAACCAAUUUAAAAAAAAACACUGCCAAGUGGGCUUCAUGGCUAGAGAAGGAAAGGCAGCUGUAGGACACAGAAGACAAUGUGCAAGCACCAGGAUUUCAAUGGAAGUGCAUUUUUACCCUUAAAUACCAGAAAUACUUGGUUUAGAAUAGAACUCUUUUCCAAAAAAUUAUUAAUGCUUAAAAUUGUUUUGAAUUUUCAGGCAUACAGUAGUUAGUUGAUGAUGCUUUCAGUGUAAAACAGCAAAACAUUACCUUGAGCUGCAGUGCACAGGUAGCCAAACAUGAAAUUACUGUCAUAACCAUUUUCUGUAUGCUUGAUACUUGAUGUCCUUUUAUCCAAAGGAGUAUACGAAUCUGAGGAAAAGCUUUUACUUUAAAUUAGAAUUUUAGAUGCAAAAUUCACAUAAUAUUUGUGGGUAACAUAAUGAAAGAAAGAAAUCCUUCUGACUGACUGAAUUAUGGAAGGGUGUCAAGGGAAUAAUGCAGUGAUUAUAUCUAUUCCAGACCAUUUAUUGUGAUGAUGGUCUCCCUUCUAGAGUACUACUGUUAAAGGGCUACAUUUGAAUUGCUUAUAUUCUGUAUUUUCUUAUAAUUUUUUUAAGUAAACACAAGCUGUUUAUCCACAUGUUGGGUUUUUUUUUGUUUUGUUUUUGUUUUUUAACUUUAAAACUGACACAAAAUACUACUGGAGAAAAAUACUGCAGCUUCUUUAUUAAUAACCUACAAAUUAAUGAAAAAAAAAUUUGUCAUAAUAUUUUGAACUUCAAGUUUUUGAUCAAAUAUAUGGCACUAGUGGGGUGAAUAUUCCAAGUACCAGAAUUGCAGUGAUAGUCCUCAGCUUUGUGGGGAUACUACCAUGCAAAAAUAGUCACCAUACUUCUGGCUUACUCCCUGUAGGACCAGAUUCUAAGUCAGGUCAGAAUUGUUUUCUUGCUGUGAUAGUUCUGUGUCUGGCCUUUGGCUCCUUGCCUAAAAUUCCCAGAGGAUAAUGUACCUUUUCUGGAUACGCAGGUUAGCACUAAUUAACCUACACAGUUAGAAACAGGGAACUAAAUAUCAAAUGUGAGUAGAUGAGUCUGAUUAGAUGAGCAGGGAUGUUUGUUGUUUCAAUGACAGCUGUAUCCUCUUUAAGAUAAAAUAAUCUGAGUUUCUAAAUCCAUACUUUUAUUGUCCAAGUAGACUUCCCCAACAUGGGGUUGUGGUUGUCAUAUGCCUCUUCAAAACGGUAUCACGUUUUGUGUGAGUAAGGGCACAUUAGUUUCUCUGUGUUUGAUUAUUUUUUAUUAGAUACAGAAUCAGGAAAGACAUUUUUCUACUUUCUGUUCUUGAGGGACACUUACAUAGAAUAACAAAUAGAACUGCACAUUUCUGGGUGGGUGAAUAGAGUUAGGGUUGAUUCUUUCAGCAUUGGUUGCUGUUGAACUUGAGAUUGCACCAACAGGAUGAAUUUCAUAUCUACCUAAUCAAGCACUUUUGGAUGCCAGUACAAAAUCUAAUGUGCCAUCUUCCCAGUAAUGUUCUGGUACUCUUAUUUUCUUGUUUUGGCAUGUGUGCCCAUAAAUGUGAUGGAGGCUUAUUAUUUCUUCAUUAAGAAAUAUGAAAACAGUUGUAAGCUCUCCAAGAAAAUAAGCAGGUUUAGGAUAACCAAGGCUGGUACUUCAGUGUGAAUGAAUUCACAGGUAGUUUUGUUCAGAACUUUCAUACAUUGGGAAGUUAAAACAGUUAAGAAAAUAAGUAUAUGCUGUAGUCAGGCGUAAGUGGCAAGAUAUGGGUUUCAAAACUGGAUGUGACUGGUGUCUGUGCAAUGCAGUUACUUUUUUCUUCAUGAUCUGAACCCCUUAAAUAGUUGCAACAAAAGAUAAUUAUGACAAAUAAUUACUUCUGCACAGAAUUUAUUUUUAAGUGUAGAGUCCUAGAAUUUGCCCUUUAAAUGUCAUUGCUGAAGAUAAAAGUAUUUGGAAGAAAAUCUGCUCUUCAUACAAAUGAAUUAUCUUGGGGACUUUGGAAAGAGGUUUUUUUGUUGUAACGGCAGCACUCUGAUUUUAGUCAAACUGGGGUUUUGUUAUUGCUCUCCUGCUGCUCUACCAGUUUUCUGCCUUGCUAUCACACUGCAUCCUUUUCAUCCAUUCAGUCAGAAAGUCAAGAGCAGCCAGCCCCAAUGGUGAUAUAUAGAUUUUACACACAUAAUUUUAUAAUAUUGAAUUUGAAAGGAUGGUGAUGAUUUACUUUUACUCUUGUUGAGAAAAACAGUAGAAAGUGAAUUUCCUAGAAAUGUUUCGGGCAUGAAGGAAACAGUUUUAAGUAUUGUUCCACUUAUUAACUAAUGUACAUCCAAAAGGUAGAAGAGUUCUUUGUAAUGCAGAUGAGCACACUAUGAAGAGUAAACACGACAUACUCAUAAUUUUAUGGUGCUUUGCAGAUAUUUGCCUGUUGUAAGCAAUUAAUUCAGGCACUUAAUGAGUUUAUGUUGGUUAGUAAAUGUAGUCACCUUGAUAGUAACUAUUUGCUUGCUUAACCUUUUUUAACCUUUAUGAUUCUGUAUUAAUGAAAGAAAUAUAUAUUUAAAUGAUACUACUGUUGUAUUUGGGAAGGCUUUGUUAGCUUUACAGUUAGAUAUGCCCUUCUUAUUCAGGAAACUUAUUCUUCUGUGGCUAUUCCUUAAAUUGACCUCUGUUGAUAAGAUUUCAAUAAUAAGUGACAUUUUAAAAUGCAUUACCAUGUAAAAAUAUUGGUAUGUAUUUCAAUAUACUCUUGAUAACAAAGCAUACUUGAAUGAGAAGGCUUUAUGAAGAGAUCAUUGUAUACUCCCUGCUCUACACUGACUUAUGGUAUGAGUUUUACCAGUAUAGUAUAUUAUUUUUUAGAAUGAUUUUACACUUGUUCUGCUUCCCCUGUGGGAAUAAGAAAUAUGAAUAUAAGUGCUAUGCUUGUAUGACAGGAUGCACACUAGGUAGUUGUGCCUCUUUUGAUUUUGUUACUGGUGAAGUGUCCUCUGAUGUAGAGGAGACCUUCGUGAGAUCCUCACCUCCUGUCAAAUUCACCUCAAAAUGUAAUUUUAAGAGUGUCUGGAUUUUUCUCUCAGAAACUUUGCAAACAAAUUUUGUCAACUAUUUGUUUAAAUACAUGGUCAAAUGUGUCCUCACAUUUGCCUGCAAAUGUGUCACUGCUGCUUACACGUAAACUUUCACGUGCUCAACUUUAUCAGUUGACCUUGAAUGAUAAAGAAAUUUAAAAGCACAGUAAUUUAGGCUUUUCUUUCCCUUCUCCUGAAGUCUUUCACUUUGUAAUUCUCAUUGAAUUCUGAAAUAGUGUUUGACAGUUCUUUAUUUUAAAUAAAAAUUUGGAAAUACUGCCAUUUAUCUUGAAAAUCGAUCAGUGUUAAAAAAGCAGAUGGAAAUAAAUGUAAGGAUUUUAAUAUGACGCAGACUCUACAUAUAAAAAUAUAUAUACAUUGGUCCUCUGCUGAUUCGUCACAGCAUUUCAUUACAUGACUAGCCUCUAUGUAUCUAUUUAUGUCCAAUAAUACUUCAAAGAGCACUUAAGAGUAUUUUUGUGUUUCCUGUUAUAAAAUUAAUUGGCUACAAGUACUUAAGUAUUUAAAUUCUAUGCGGAGUAAGUGUCUAAGCAGAUACUGUAGUGAAUUGAGCCUGCUUUGUUAGAUUACCAGAUCUGUCUGGAUCUAAGCUAGUGGGCUCUGUUGUUAUUGGUCCUCUUCACAGUCAUGGUGGACCAGCUGGCUGUGAAGAAGUCUCUAGUAAGAACAUGUCAGUGGGUUUUCCACAGAGUUCCUGGGGGAGCCAAGCCUACACGUAGAGCUUGACAAAGGGCCUCCUUGCUUGUGACCCAGACUGCAGCUGGUCUGGAUUUUUUGAGUUUGCUGUCUGAGCCUAGACAUUUUGCAAACACCAUGAAAUCCACAAAGUCACCCUGCAAGGUUACAACUGCAAAUAUCACAACAGUUGCUUAUUAUUAAAAUCUAGUUUUGAGAUGAGCUUAUUGUAUGUUUUGUUACAAAGCCUAACCAUCAACUGUAUUGAUUUUCAUUACAUUAAAUAUUUAAUACAUAAUUUUGCUCACUUUAUGUAUACAAAUGUGCAAAAGCAAAUUUUGCCACUUCCAUCUUCUGUGCAUUAGCUGUGUGUCCCGUGACUUAGGCCUGGUUUUGGUUUUAGGUGUUCUAAAUCCAGGUGCAUAUCCAUAUAAAAAUCGUGUAAACUUUACGAAUUGACAAACUGAGUUACAUAAAGUGUGCAUAACUAUACUUAAAAUAGGCCAUAUCAGUAUUUAUAUGGGACUAGCAUUGGGCCCUCUAGUUGUACACUACAUCUGAUGAAGGCUGUUGGGCUCCAUUCUCAGAGUACUAAGCUUUCUGCUUCCUAAAGUCAAAAUAGAAUCUGUUGGUUACACUUUUAAGUGGAAAGUAAAGGGCUUCUUUCGGUUUGUUACAAAACCAACCUUGACAGGAUAUUCUGCUGCAGGCUAUGGAUACAAAGUGUGACUUCAGAUAUGACUGAAGUCUGAGUUAGGGCCACUUUAGGAGGAAACAUUUAGUAUGAAUAGUGGCUCAGUCCAGCACCUUAUCCCAAAUGAACCUCUUGGCAAAACAGACCUCUGCACAAUCUGUUUGCUUUCUUUCAUUCUCUGAAGGAGAAAUACCCUGAACUGGCUUCUCAUUUAGGUUUCACUACAAUACAGCAUACGAACAGGUAGCUGUGGUCCAUGCUCUAGUUGGAUUAGGCUUCCAAACUGAAACAAGAAAUAGAGAAACAGGGUGCCUAGAGACCAGUAAUUGUUAUAGUGCAGCACUGCAUAUUGAAGGUGCAACAAUCUUUUGUCACAAUAAGGAGUAUUUGCCUAUGCAUAUUUUGCCUUUCUAUGUGUUUAUCAAUUCUCUUUACAUCUUCGCUUUGUACCUUCUUUUGUCCAGUGGUGUUGCUUGUUUCUAUGAAGAAUCUUCUGAUGUGUCUUACUGUGACAAAGGUGUCAAAAUGAUAAAAUAGUAAUUAGGUAGUUAUUCUUAAAUCCCAGACCUCAGAUGUGUUCUAGAUCAGUUAGAAGAGAACAUUCAAAAUGUAUUGAAUGAAAAUAGAGUAAGAAGGGUAAAUUUAUUUAAAAAUGUUGUAAUAAGUUAUUCAAUUUAAGAUUUUAAAAUACGGAACUUCAUUCUUUCCUGCCUUGGUUACACAUUCAAGGGAAUAGUUUUACCUCAAUGCAGAAGUAGUUAUGCCUCCAACUACCCGUAUGUUAAGGUGAGAAAACACCCCUGGAAGUGGAUAGCUACAGUAUUCCUAAAUUUGCCUUUCCUGGUUCAGAUUAUAAUGCAUUGUUGGUGAAUUUCAUUUUUAUUAUUCCAAAAUAUAUAUUUUUUAAAAAGUGUUAUUUUUCAACAGAUCCAUAAACUAAGUGUUGGUGUAUGGUAAAAUUAAAAUACCACUGUUAGUUACACUGUGAUUGUGAUAUUUUAAUAAUUACUUAUUUCUAAUUUGUCUCAGCAGUGCUGCAGAAGCAGCAUGCUCUUAUGUUUUAAAGGUGUUUUUAACUUGCCUAUAAAUGUUUUUUUCUAAUUGGUGUCUUUAAAUCUGAUUAAACUGUAGUUUAAACAAG